UCUCUGUGCACUCCUCCUUCUCCUCUUCCAUCCCCUCUUUUCUCACUCUCUAUUCAUUCUCACCUCUCACUUUUAGUUCUGCUGGUACAGUAUCCUCUGGGGAGUGUGCUUAAGGAGUCCGGAGUCUCAUGGGAGUUCUGUUGUCCACGUCUCCUCUUCUGCUUCACAGGUUUAUUCUUUGCCUGAUUUUUGCUCCUGCAGGUGCUGCUAUACUCAGGAGGAUCUUUGUUACUUUUCUUUACUCCAAGACUGGACUGGAGGUGGUUUCAGAAACACAGCCCAGGUCUCAAAAUUUUUCCUUGUCUAUAGUCAUUUUUUUCUUGGACUAACUAUCCCAGUUAGUUUGUCUUGGACUAUCUAUCCCAGUUAGUUUGUCUUGGACUAUCUAUCCCAGUUAGUUUGUCUUGGACUAUCUAUCCCAGUUAGUUUGUCUUGGACUAUCCCAGUUAGUUUGUCUUGGACUAUCCCAGUUAGUUUGUCUUGGACUAUCCCAGUUAGUUUGUCUUGGACUAUCCCAGUUAGUUUGUCUUGGACUAGUACAGUCUCCAAUCCUGGGUUUUGGAUUUGACCAGCCGUGGGCUCAGAUCCAGAAACCUGACGUGGCGAUGCUGAGAUUUUGGGUUCUGUGUCUGUGUGUGAGUGUUCUCAGUGUAGACGUUCUAACUCUGAUCCCCCAAAAACACGAGAUAGAAAAUGAGGUACAACACGACGUGGAACAUGUGCAUGGAACAUGGACCAUGGAACAUGAAGCGAGGGAACCCGAUAAAAUCUAUGCAGAGACUCUAGCAACCCACCAACCUGCCACAUACACUCCUAUAAUGGACACAUGUGCCACAGUCCCAACUCUGACAGACAUACCUCUUACAGAAACAACUGUGAUAGGUACAGGUAUUACGGAGUCAGACGUACCUGUGGUCGCCACAUGUCUUUCAUCAGCCCUACCCCUCACCUCAUUACCAAAUGAUGAAGAAGGCAGGGAUCAGGAAAAAGGCAGGGAGGACAAGAAUCCAAGAAUUGAAGAGGAGGGGGAGGAGGAGGAGAAGGAGAGAGUGAGGGAUGAGCAGAUGAGAAAGGACAGAGAGAUGGAGGCGAGCAGAGGGAGGAGAGGAGUGACGGGAAGGAGACAUGCAGCAACUGUAGAGGCCACUGCGUACAGAAUGGCAGGUCUGGGGCGCCCCCUACCUGGCUGGAAGAAGCGAGGUACAAAUGGGGGAGCUGAACAGGAAGGUGUUCUCAGGACCAUACUAAAGGAACUACACGGUGAUAAGGACAGACUGAUGGACACAGAGAAGGCAGAGGAAGAGGAAGAUGAGGAGGAAGAUGAAGAAGACGAUGAAGAGGAAGAUGAUUCUGAAGAGGAGGAAGAGGAGGAGGAGGAAGAGGAAGAGGAGGAGGAAGAAGAGGGGACAGAGUCUCCCACCAAUCAGACAGUAGCAAGGACCAGCUUCACAGAGUCUCUCCCAGGGACGUGUCAAACGUCUAACGGACAAAUAAACUGCAGGGGUAUUGGCAUGAAUCACCUCCCAAUCAUCACCGACCUUGGGGUCACGACCCUGGACCUGGCAGAGAACAACAUCAGUCUUAUUGCCUCGCGGGGUUUCUCUGGUCUUCCCAACCUGGAGAGUAUAGAUCUGAGCAAAAACCGACUUGAUGACGACUCACUCAGCCACCACCUCUUCUCUAAUCUGACCCGGCUGAGGAGGCUCAACCUCGAUGAUAACCAGCUGACACGGAUCCCCCUGCUGCCACAUUCACUGGGGGAGCUCACGAUGAAUGGCAACAAGAUCACCAGACUCACCCCUUACAGCUUCAAAGGUCUGUUCCAUCUGUUGUCUCUGGAGCUAGAGGAGAACCUUUUCCAUGACGGCAACGUGUCCCCUUUGACCUUCAAGCCGCUGAAGAGGGUCCAGUACCUGUGCUUGGACAUGAACAGGUUCCACUCCCUCCCCCUCGGCCUGCCCCGCUCCCUACAGGAGCUGAGGAUGCGUGAUAACCAGUUACAGGAGGUACCAGAGGGGGUUCUGAGUGAAUUGGCCAAACUGAGAGUUUUAGACCUUAGUCACAACCUGCUGCAUGAGGGCAGCAUCUCAAACCGGGCCUGGGUCAAACUAACUUCUCUUGAAGCCUUGGACCUCUCUCAUAACAGCCUCACUUCAGUCCCCCUCUACCUACCCCGCCCUCUGCGUCAGCUGACCCUGCAACACAACUCCAUUGGUCGAAUCCCUGCGUAUGUCUUUGGCCACCUGCGCCCCGGCCUAGAGUCCCUCCGUCUAUCCCACAAUGCACUAGGGGACGAAGGAGUGCAAGGAGUUUCUUUUGUGGGCAUGUACCGAUCGCUUGUUGAGCUCCUAUUGGACAAUAACCGUCUGGGGGCGGUGCCUCACAGCGUGUGGCAGUUUAGGAACCUGCAGGUGCUGAGGCUCGACUACAACCAAAUCAGGUCUGUGGCGGUGGGGUCGGUGUGUCACUCUCGUGUGGCGGUGCGUUCGGCCCUGGCCUCUCUCCACCUGGAGAACAACCUUAUAGAAGAAGACAUCCCCUCCACUACCUUCAACUGUAUUCAAGACCCUAGUAGUGUGGUCACACAGCCCCAGGAACACAUACAGGAAGUGUAGACCAGCUUCUCCAUGUAUAGAUGUUCCACUGAACCAUCAUUAAACCUCCCUAUUUCCCCCUAUUUCCCCACCUCCCUUUCUUCACUAAUCACCUAUGUCAUCUCGUCAUGUAUGUAAACUCGUGUUUGUGAUGUCACAGUCGAUGAUGAUGAUGAUGAUGAUAAAGAUACUAAUUUGUA